AUGAAACUCCUUGUCAGCAUACUGACCUUAUCCCUGGGCACGCAUGCUCUGGCUUUCGAUUUCGCUCUAGCAGCUCCUAUCAAACGCGGCGCGCGUGCGACACCUACCAUAACCAAGACGAUCUACCACACGGAAGUGCGGAGACUAUCUACAAGCUUCAAGGACCACCAUGUUAGGAGCGAAAGCCUGGGGUUUUACUCCUCUGCAUCUAUCUCUGAUGAGGUCUCCGAGGCUAUUAACGGGGACACCGCGACAUCUAUGGCAACAGCAUUCCUUUGGCCGAGGGGAGCAAGUGGACAGAAGCCUACGAUUUCGCAACUACCGGUCACUGGCCUACCUGUGAGUUUCAACGCGAGGCAAGUCGGCUUCGUACAUUUCGACGAUGACACCAAACGCGACGAGACCCUUCAUCCCGGACCAAACAUCGUGAAUAGAAGGAACACAGGCCUCUACCAUAUCAAGAUCGACCUCGCAUCUGAAGGCUAUAUUUCAGUGUUCAUGUCCAACAGCACAGCCUCCGCGUUCUGCAAAAGCGAGGUAGAGCUGGACUCGGAGGGUGGGCCAAAAGGAGAGCUACAAUUGGCUGUUCGAAAUUCCACAAAGGUCGUGGCUAUACCUGUUCACCAAGAAGCAGCGGAUAGCUUCUGUCUCCACUUCAAGAACGCGGAGGGUGUCGACAGUCCAUCGAGUGGCAAAGUUCCUGGGAGCUCAACAGCAAUAGCUUCGGUAUCAGAGGGCAAGAUGUCGAAGGUUACCCCCAGCGAGACAACGUCGGAGAGUGUGUCGAAGUCAUCCAAGCACGCGUCUACGGUAGUUACUGCUUCGGAGACUGACACUGAUGACUCGGCAUCAGCAACAUCCGCGACCUCGACCGGCAAGACCACAUCUUUGAACACAUUCGAUAUUACUCAUGAAAUAGAUACUUCGAAGUCUACGAAGCAUGUGCCUCCGGAGGCAACAGUCUCCGAGCCAGGAUCUGUUAUUUCCGAAACGGCAGAGAGCACGAGUAAGGCCACACCUAAGGCCUCGGACACGGAAGACACGAUCAGUGACUAUGAGACAACGAAGUCUUCUAAGCACAAGUCCACGUCAGCAACAGCUUCGGACAGUGACUUGGCCACUUCAGAAUCGGCGCCCGAUGUAUCCAGCAAGCACAAGACCAAAUCCACAGCGAGCGGAGCCGACGAAAAUUCGUCAAAGACGGCCGAAGCUUCAGGUACACCAACGGUGUCAAAAGCUGCGAACGCCGACCCUUCUGCACCCGAAGAGAGCGCCCCACAUUCGACUAAGGCAAAGUCAAAGAUUCCUGAGGCUACCGAGACUGAGGAAAUGCCCGAAUCUGCAACAUCGGUCCAGGAGUAUCGGGGUCCAGCUGUAGACCCUGCAAACCCUGCUGACCUAGACACAUCCACGACGCCCAAGGCCACACCAGCCGCUGUUCCUGUGAGCACAACUACGGACGAGCCGUUCACUGAAGCAAGCAUCAACUCGUUUUACUCGUAUAUCAAGAGCUUUGUAGAGACUGCUCCAGACGUAGCCUCAAUCGCAGGCAGUACUGAUCAGGCUUCGAUCAAGACUACCGACUCUGAGAACGGGGCGUUGCGACGUGGAAUACUAAUAGCGCCAACGCCGGCUUUGAUAGGUGUCAGGGCUAACACUGAUCCUCACUCGACGUAUAACAGUAUGACAUAUACCUCCGACUAUAGCUGGAAGGGUGCCGUCUCUACUGCUAUAGCUUCCACUACGGCAUCGAGUAACGCGGCGAUCGGGAGACUGAAACCACCUUCCCUACUCUGGCGCAUGUGGUACCCCGCGACUACCACCAAAAUCAUUCAUUCGAGAAGCUUCAGUGGGCCUGGUGAAGAGCCUGAGCAGGAAGACGAGGGGUUUUUCAAUAUCGAUGUAGAAGAUGAUGGGCCUACGAGAGUCAGUACUGGUACUGAUGGAGUGGAAGAGGAGACAGCUGUUGCUACGAAGUUUGCGCAUAAGCAGGAGGAUAAGGAUGGGGAUGAUGAAGGUAUUGAUGUGAAGGAUGGAGACGAGGAAGAGGAAGACGGGCUACCGGUUGAUGGAGAGAUAGUACCUGACGAAGGAGCUGAAACUGAUGAAGGAGCGGCUGGAGAUGACGAGACGCUCACGUCUACGAAGAGCAAGGCGUCACAUAUCAAGACUGCAGCGGAUGAGGAAGAUGACAGCGCGCCAGCCACCGACACAUCUAUGGACGUUCAAGAGAAGGUCACAUCGACCAAGAAGAAACUUACAGAUGGAGGUAAUGACACCAACCCGACUGCCACCGCAUCCGAAGACGUCGAAGAAAAGGCGACAUCCACCAAAACGAAACCUGCAGAUGAGGAUGAUGACGCCGAACCAACUGCCAUCGCGUCCGAAGACGUCGAAGAGAAGGCCACAUCCACUAAGCUGAAACCCGCGGAAGAUGAGGACGAAGCCACACCAACUUUCACUUCAUCCAAAGAUGUCAAGGAAAAGGCAACGUCUACAAAGACAAAACAUGCAAACGACGACGAGGAAGCUACAGCUACUUCCAAAGCAACCGAUGACGCCCCGCCUGAGGAUGACGAUGAAGAAGAGUCCCAAGACGACACAUCUGCUGAUGACACCACCACAAGCACCUCCCACAAGUCCAAAUCCACCAAAUCCGCAACCUCCAACUCCGAUGAUGACGCUGAGGAAAAACCAACUGCGACCUCCACCUCCAAGUCCAAAUCCACUCACAAAUCCAAAACCCCAAUCCCCUCCCUCGCUUCAGGCGUCUCCUUCGCCUUCCCCUCCAGCACGUCUCCAAACCCCAACCCAAACGCCGGAGCUAUACCCACACCACCCCCAAUCCCAACAGGCACCGCAGCGUCCCUCCCCAUACCAACACAACCCAUAAUCUGGGACCCAGACUGUCCUCAGAUUUCCACAUCCACUCUAACCGCGCCCAACGGCGUUACCACAACACUUCCGAUGACCGUAGGACUGGGGUGUUGGCGCACGUUGCCACAGGCUGGCAGUGGAGGGAGUGGGAGUGGAGGGGAAGGUGGAUUUGGAGGGAACGAGACGAUGACAGGAGGCGCGAAUGGGCAUAUGAUCAAGAGUAAAGCGUGGUUUGUAGGCCAACUACAGUUUGUACGCGGGGAAUGGCAUCUCGGCCGGACGUUCGUGUGGUACAUCCUCGGUAUCGAGCUGCUGGGUAUAGGAAGGAGGUUAGUAGAACGAGCCGAGGAAGCGCAGAGGACAUGGGAGAAAGCGGAGAGGGAGAGGGAGAGGAUUGAGAGGUUGGCUAGGUUGGGUGGGUAA